GGAGAGGAGGAAGGAGGCGGACUCUGGGCCGCGGCCCCAUUCAUUGCCGCGGCCGGCCGGGCUGGGGUCUUCUGUGUUACGAGUUAUGGAGGCGCUAAUUCCUGUUAUUAACAAACUCCAGGACGUCUUCAACACGGUGGGCGCCGACAUCAUCCAGCUGCCUCAGAUCGUGGUGGUGGGAACGCAGAGCAGUGGAAAGAGCUCAGUGCUAGAAAGCCUAGUGGGGAGGGACCUGCUUCCCAGAGGCACUGGUAUUGUCACCCGGAGACCUCUCAUUCUGCAGCUAGUCCAUGUUUCACCUGAAGAUAAACGAAAAACAACAGGAGAAGAAAAUGACCCUGCUACAUGGAAAAACUCAAGACACCUUUCCAAAGGGGUUGAAGCAGAAGAAUGGGGUAAAUUUCUUCACACCAAAAAUAAGCUUUACACAGAUUUUGAUGAAAUUCGACAAGAAAUUGAAAAUGAAACAGAGAGGAUUUCAGGAAAUAAUAAGGGAGUAAGCCCUGAACCAAUUCAUCUUAAAAUUUUUUCACCCAAUGUUGUCAAUCUGACACUUGUGGAUUUGCCAGGAAUGACCAAGGUGCCUGUAGGUGAUCAACCUAAAGAUAUUGAGCUUCAAAUCAGAGAGCUCAUUCUUCGGUUCAUCAGUAAUCCAAAUUCCAUUAUCCUUGCUGUCACUGCUGCCAAUACAGAUAUGGCAACAUCAGAGGCACUGAAAAUUUCAAGAGAGGUAGAUCCAGAUGGCCGCAGAACCCUAGCUGUAAUCACUAAACUUGAUCUCAUGGAUGCGGGUACUGAUGCCAUGGAUGUAUUGAUGGGAAGGGUUAUACCAGUUAAACUGGGAAUAAUUGGAGUAGUUAACAGGAGUCAGCUAGAUAUUAACAAUAAGAAGAGUGUAACUGAUUCAAUCCGUGAUGAAUAUGCUUUCCUUCAAAAGAAAUACCCAUCUCUGGCUAAUAGAAAUGGAACAAAGUAUCUUGCCCGGACUUUAAACAGGUUACUGAUGCAUCACAUCAGAGAUUGCUUACCAGAGUUGAAAACGAGAAUAAAUGUUCUAGCUGCUCAAUAUCAGUCUCUUCUAAAUAGCUAUGGUGAACCUGUGGAUGAUAAAAGUGCUACUUUACUCCAGCUUAUUACCAAAUUUGCCACAGAAUACUGUAAUACUAUUGAAGGAACUGCAAAAUAUAUUGAAACUUCAGAGCUAUGUGGUGGUGCUCGAAUAUGUUAUAUUUUCCAUGAGACUUUUGGGCGAACCUUAGAAUCUGUUGACCCUCUCGGUGGCCUUAACACUAUUGACAUUUUGACUGCCAUUAGAAAUGCAACUGGUCCUCGUCCUGCUUUGUUUGUGCCUGAAGUUUCAUUUGAGUUAUUGGUCAAACGGCAAAUUAAACGUCUGGAAGAGCCCAGCCUCCGUUGUGUGGAACUGGUUCAUGAAGAAAUGCAAAGGAUCAUUCAGCACUGUAGCAAUUACAGUACACAGGAGUUGUUGCGGUUCCCUAAACUUCAUGAUGCCAUCGUUGAAGUAGUGACUUGUCUUCUUCGUAAACGGUUGCCUGUUACAAAUGAAAUGGUCCAUAACUUAGUGGCAAUUGAAUUGGCUUAUAUCAACACAAAACAUCCAGACUUUGCUGAUGCUUGUGGGUUAAUGAACAACAAUAUAGAGGAACAAAGGAGAAACAGGCUAGCAAGAGAACUGCCUUCAGCUGUAUCACGAGACAAGUCUUCUAAAGUUCCAAGUGCUUUGGCACCUGCCUCCCAGGAGCCCACCCCUGCUGCUUCUGCUGAGGCUGAUGGCAAGUUAAUUCAGGACAGCAGAAGAGAAACUAAAAAUGUUGCAUCUGGAGGUGGUGGGGUUGGAGAUGCUGUUCAAGAACCAACAACAGGCAACUGGAGAGGAAUGCUGAAAACUUCAAAAGCUGAGGAGUUACUAGCUGAGGAAAAAUCAAAACCAAUUCCAAUUAUGCCAGCCAGUCCACAAAAAGGCCACGCUGUGAAUUUGCUGGAUGUGCCAGUUCCUGUUGCACGAAAACUAUCUGCCCGUGAACAGCGAGAUUGUGAAGUUAUUGAACGACUCAUCAAAUCAUAUUUUCUUAUUGUCAGAAAGAAUAUUCAAGACAGUGUGCCAAAGGCAGUAAUGCAUUUUUUGGUUAAUCAUGUGAAAGAUACUCUUCAGAGUGAGUUAGUAGGACAGCUGUAUAAAUCAUCCCUACUGGAUGAUCUUCUGACUGAAUCUGAGGACAUGGCACAACGUAGGAAAGAAGCAGCUGAUAUGCUAAAGGCAUUACAAGGAGCCAGUCAAAUUAUUGCUGAAAUCCGAGAGACUCAUCUUUGGUGAAGAGAACUAUGUAAUCCUGAGAUUUUGUUGACUUGUUAGUACUGCCUACUUGAGUAGAAUUUUAUUUAUGAACUCCUGUGUCUUGCAGUGAUAUGAAUCUGCUCAUGUGAAGACUGGCUAUAAACUGAAAAUUGUACUCUGUAUUCCAGAGCAAAUCACACAUUUAAUCCAAAUAAUAAAUGGCUAUUUCUAAAAUUUCCUAGUAUAUACAAAUACAUCAAGUCUGUCUUGUGACAGUUUCAUUUGAACUUAAAAGGAACCGUUAGUAGUCCUAGCGGUACAGCAGUCUGUCUGUGAAUAAAUGACCUGUGUGAUAUGCUAGUAGUCUUACAGCUGCUGCCACAGCCCUUCGAGAAGAAUGCACCAAGACGCCAUUUCAUACGACUACGAUGCAUGCACUAUAUAAACCGACCUGGCUUUGAAAGAGAUGGGUUGACAAGUUACUCACGUAGUCACUGUUCCAAUUAUCUUUUGAUUUAGUUUUAUUGAGCUUCUCUGCAACCUUUGAUGUGUCUGUAAGAAAGCUGAACACACGAGAGGAUCUGUAACACUGACAGUGAUGUGAUGUGCAUAAUGUGUAGCUGCCGUCCUUCCACUUCUGGGUCCACUUUCCCCUGGUGCAUUAAAAAUUAAAAUACCUUUGAUCUUACUUAAA